UGUGAAGAAACAGUCCAGCAAAAGAAACGGCAGGAAAAAAAGGACUAAAAAACAAGAGCGUCCAGUCUGUUUUUAAAGGAAGAUUGAGAACCUCUGCACAAGAAAGGAGGAAUUAUGGGGUUGGGAAUGAAUCCGAAGGUAGGAGGCAACCAAAGCAGUGAGAAGAAGGCAAAGGCAGAGACUGGAGGCCCGGUGCCGGAGGAAGCCCAGAAAUGUUGUGGCUGCCGCUUUCCUCUGCUGGUGGCUCUCCUGCAGCUUCUGCUGGGCAUCGCAGUGGCAGCUGUGGCCUUCCUCAUGCUUGCCAUUAGCUCCUCUCUGCUGGCCCGGGAGACGCCCCAUUGGGCCGGCAUCAUUAUGUGUGUGGUGUCUCUGCUGGGAUUCGUCCUCUUCUGUAUCACCAGAGUGCCUGAUGAGAGAGCGUUGCUUCAGUUUGUUAUAAAGCUCCUGUAUUUCUUCUUAUGCACAAUGGGUCUGGUUAUGUCAGUGGUGGUCAUCGCCUUCCAGUGCUACCAUUACACGCUGACCAACAGCUUUAGCUGCAGGGAAAUGCGUGAGGAUUGUAUUUGCACCCUGGACCCAGAGGAUCCCAUCGCUCGUAUGUUCGUCUUCAGCGCUGUGUCAGACUGCAGUGACAUCACCAGCACUCUGCCCAUGUAUUACCUCCUGCAGGUGCUGCUCAACCUGGCCCAGGCCAUCGUCUGCCUGCUCGGAGCCUUCCUGAUAUGGAAGCACAGGUACCAGGUGUUUUUCGCAGGGCUACAGACGGGAUCUCCUGCUGCCCAGCACUGGCAGAAAGCUUAGGAUUUCUCUGGAGAAUUGGGAGCGUUUGUGCCUUUGGGGAAGGAAACUGUUUGCUGCAGAAUUUGUUUCCAGUGGGAGUUUUGCGUCGUGUGACCUUAUGUUGAAGAAAUCGAAUGAGUCUGUUUGUGUUUGCCGAGUUUUGAUGUUUUAGAAAGUUUUAUGCCAUUUUUCUUUUAGAUUUGUUGUAAUUUUCUACACUGGCUGUUUGAAAAUGACCAUGCGUCAAGGUUAAUGCUCUUUUUUUAUACCACUGCCAAGAAGAGUAUUUUUAUCUAUAAAAAUCAGUAUAUGACGCAAAACAAGACCUGUUUAAGCUGGAAGAUGAAUGACACAGUCUGGUGUUGUUGUCAAUGUUUUAGUAAUGUCAUCCAUAAAAGAAUUCAUAGCCA